GCUGAUACAUUUUACUCGAUCUAUUUUCGAUUUCCUAGCGAGACUUUAAAGCGAAGGCGGCGCUGAUUGGGCAGCGCGGAGUCACGCGGUGUUGCACUCGCUUUGCCUCGCGCCCGUCCGUGAACGCGACUCUGCCUGCCUGCGCGCGCUAGCGGCGGUUCGAGCUCCGUGGAUCCUCCUUUACAAUUAUUCUUAAUUGCUCGAACCUUCUUUAAAUCCUUUUUUUCUUUUCUUGAGACGUUUCUCCCCCAUCAUGGGCGACAAAAAGAGCCCUAUCAGGCCAAAAAGACAAGCCAAGCCGGCGGCGGAUGACGGCUACUGGGACUGUAGUGUUUGUACGUUCAGGAACAGCGCCGAAGCGUUUAAAUGCAGCAUCUGCGAUGUACGGAAGGGAACAUCCACAAGGAAGCCCAGGAUAAACUCCCAGCUGGUGGCUCAGCAGGUGGCACAGCAGUAUGCCACCCCUCCCCCUGCAAAGAAAGAAAAGAAGGAGAAGCCAGAGAGACCUGAGAAAGAGAGGGCCGACGGCGAGCGACCGGAGCAAACCUUGCCUGAUAUUGAGCACCCAGCCAAGGACAAGAUUGAGAAUGACCAUGCUGAGAAAGAGAAGAAGGACAGAGAGAAAGAAAUCACGAUUGCCCUCCCAAAGAAACCCAGCAGCAAAAAGACCAGGCCCAAGAUGGACAACCAUCAAAGCCCACCAAGUGAAAGAAACAGUAUACAGUCUGGGAAAUCAACCACCAAGACUAAAAACUCUCACAUCUCAAGCAGACCCAAAUUGAAGAAUGUGGACCGGAGCACGGCGCAGCAGCUGGCCAUCACAGUGGGGAACGUGACAGUAAUCAUAACGGACUUUAAAGAGAAGAUUCGUUCAUCCUCCACGUCCUCCUCGACAGUGACGUCCAGUGCCGCCUCCGAGCAGCAGCACCCGAGCUCGGGCUCCGAGAGCAUGGACAAGAGCUCGUCACGUGCCUCCACUCCUAAACGAGACCUCUCGCUCGGCCACGAUGAGUCAUUCUGAGCCUUCAAACCAUUGCUCUUGGACUCUGUGGAGAUGCUGGCUGUUGUGCAGUUCUCCUAUGCCCUGCUCUCAUUCCUCCCAUCUGCUUUCGAUUACCAAAAGAGGGACGAAUGUUUGUCACGUCCCCACAUUCACACAAACGUCGACGCGUUCACAUACAUUUCCUGACUGGAGAUAAUCUUGUCUCUCUGGACCUAUAGCAGAGGAUUAUUCUCAGAAUCACACCUUGGUAGCACUGGAGUGACAGCAGGGCCAGCGAGAUGGCAUCCCCAUGCUUGUAUGUAUUGUUUUAUACUUGUAAGUGAACAUCUGGCUGAAUCAACUUUUUUUUUAUUAUUAUUAUUAUUAUUUUUUUUUUUUGUAUUAAAAAAUGUCUGCUGUGCACAAUAACCACCUACACUUUAACAAUUUCCUGAAUGGCUAUGACACUUAUUUAUUAUCUGUUGUAUUUUAAUACUUUUAGAGAUUUUUUUUUUCCCCCCGUUAGAGCUUUGCUAAGUAGCAUGGCUGAUGGUUCCAUUUUACAAUUUUAAUGAGUUUUUAAUGAGUUUGAAUUGUUUUCCUGGAGCCCCCUGAGAAUCUCUCCCACAUUGGUGCUAGCUACACUGUGAAUUCCUUGUUUUGUUUUUUUUUUUUCUUCUUGCUCAGACGGUCUUUCACACAUCAAGGUUCUUAAGCUUAAAGCCUAUUUCCUCCUCCUCCUCCUUCUCCUCCUUCUUCUUCUUCUUCUUCUUCUUCUUCUUCUUCCUCUUCUUCCUCUUCUUCUUCCUCUUCUUCUCUACUCCAACUCAGCUAUUCUGGUUGUUCUUAUAUUAUUCUUUUGCAGCGAUUGCUAGGGGAAGGCUCUCAGCUGUUCAUGGUGGUGUUUUCAGCCCUCAUAUUCCCAGACAUUUCUUUUCCACAGUCCAGACUUUCACGUACCCCUGGUCCCUGUGAUGCCCACAUUUGACCUUUUGACAUCUGUGAAUAGAACCUCUCAUUUUACCCACACAGUGGUUGGCUCUUAAUCAACUACAUAUUAAGGCAUCUAGCUAAAAUAUCUGGAUUGGAAAUCCUAUGCUAGCUUACAGUUUAUUCUUAUGUCAAAGAGUUGGAUCUGGAAAUUGUUGCUCUUUGAGUUUAUUGCAUUGUUCAGCAGAGGUAUUUGUAACUUAUUGCUUAUUUAUGGCACGUAGAACAAACACUAAACGUUUUAAUCUCGGACCUAGCCGAACUAGUCUGGUUGUAAGUUAUGACAUACCGUCCCACUUUAUAACUUUCUUACACAAUGCGUUCCAGCAUACUUGAAUCACAGUCAGACAUUUUUCUUGAAGGACUGAAAAAAAAGGAAGACAAAAUGAAGAUGUAGAGACUGUAACUUGGGACUCAGAUGAUUUGCAGAUUGUGUUGUACCACAUGAUGUCACCGAAGGAAAACAGAGGACACAUUGUUGUUGUUUUUUGUUUUGUUUUUUGUUUUCUUACUUAUCCAGAAUAUUCAGCAGUGUUUCAGACAAAAUCUCACACCUCCCACGUAACGGCCAAAAUAAAAGUAGUAAUACUAGUAAUAUUAACUGUCUAUCCCUUUAUAAAAAAAAUAAAUAAAUAAAUAAAAAAUCCACCUAACUUCCUUUUGAACUGUAUUAAACCUGUAUAAAGUAUGUGUAUAUGAUAUGAGUUUUAUUUAUUGAAGGACCAAAGGAAUUUGAUAUUGACACGAUAGACAAAUAACAAUUCGAUAUGUAAUGAUCAUAUGUGUGAUAUAUAUAAUAAUACAUUUUAAAUAAAGUCUAAUAUAAUCCAUGUCUAAUUCUCACCGUCUAAUUCUUGUCCACAAAAUACUGUGAAAGUUCAUCCGUCGCUUGGGAAUCCAGCCUGUAAAAGAACACAUCAGCUUUAGAUGUUAUACAUUACCGUGUGGAUUCUGGAAAGACACGGGCAGUUAGAGGGUACAAAAGUAUUGCAAUAUUUUCACCCCGGAUCAUCAAACGACUCUUAAUACUAAUGUUCUAGUUCAUGUUUAGGAUCGGAAGUGUGAACAGCUGUGUGAAAGUAUCACUUGUGUAUCACUCGUAACCGAAUCGAAGACUUGGUUUUGCUCCUGCAGUGAUGAGAUGAAUUUGAAGUGUUGCGCUUGGUUUUCUUUCUUUACCAGUGGCUUUGGGAUCGUGUUCUGUUCUGACCGCAGUAGUUCGUAGUCCUCUAGUGUUCUGUACAAAAUGAAGGCUUUACCGGGUCAGUUUGUGAGACAGUAACCAUGUCUUUGCGUAUUUGUGAUAUUAACCAGUGAUUGUCGGGCUUCUGAAAGCAUGGAGUUAUAACCGUUAUCGUCCACACCACACUUCAUCACCCCCAGUCUUUAAUGCGCUUUAAUCUAACCCUCAACCACACACACACACACACACACGGCAGUUGUACUGAAACGGUAUGACUUUCAUUUGAGACCUUUUUCAUUUAUUUAUUUAUUUUAUUUUUAUUUUUUUUUAAGAGAGAGAAUAUGCAAUGUAAACACGACAUGAAGAAAAUUACAUUGGGUAAAUAGCAGAAAAAGAAAAAAAAAGAAAAAAAAAAAAAAAGAAAAAAUGGGGAUCUUUACGUUCCAAAUGCUCCCCACACUUUCACCCCACUUGCAGUUGUUGGAACUUUCUGAGCACUGUAUAGCCUACUUUUACAUUUCUUAUGAAUAUAGCCAUCUUCUCACUUGCCUUACCCACUAUCAUGAGCAGUUAGCUAACUUUUUGUAAAAUUGUAAAGAGAAAAAUGAAUUGUAUCUUAAUUUAUUGGAAUUUUUAAACAAACAAAAAAAAAACAAAAAAAAAAAAAACAAUUUAAACAAUGCUUGUAUGUGUAUCUUUAAAAAUGGUGCAAAUGUCAACGUUAUAGGCUACAAACGGCAAUGGAGCUGAACAUUUUUCUUAUUUUGUUUGACAUUUUUUUUAUUUUUUCAUAAAACGCGCAAGCAGUUCUGUUCUUGUGUACGACCAGUAACCUUAAUUUACUGUGUAAAGAUGGUUACGUUUUUUUUUUUUUGUUGUUUGUUUGUUUUUUUAGCUUCCUUUGUCAGAAACCCACUUAUUAGAAUGCUUCUUGACUUGUGAUAUACAGUCGCAUUAACUGUGUGAAAUUUCAAUAUCGAUGUACAGUACACUCAGAUGCUUCAUUUUGAUCCUAAUCCGAUGUUGUUGUGAAGCGCUUUAACAGUUUGUUUCGUAAUAGCGUAGGGUCUGUUAGUGUAUUAAUCAAACCGUUUUAUUUCCAAUUUGUCAUUGCUUUGCGUUUCUUGCUACUCGCUGAGUUUGCUUGGUAAUUUUGUGUGAUGGGUUGUGUUCAUUUUCCUUGUGUAAAUGUUUUUGUUUUUGUUUUAAUUGAACAUUGCUCCUUGUCUAUAGCUUACCACACUGUUCAAAUACUACAGUUUUCAGCAUGUGCACGACUUUGCUCUUUAGAGGCUACCAUUAUCAUUUUCUUUGCUUCAAAUAGAAAUGUCUAUUUAUGCAUUUUUGGCUUGUAGUUUUUCACAAAUAAAAUGUUCAAUUUAUCUAAA